AUGGUGUCAAGAAAGCUCUGCUACAUUGCUGUGGUUAUCGUUUUUUCUGUUUUUACCCUGUUAUCCUCGGUAAGAGGACAAUGUAGUGAGGCCGGUAUCACUGUCAAUGGUACAACAGGAAGUUUCGCUAGCCCUAACUACCCAUCAAACUAUCCAAACAGAGAGACUUGCAGGUGGAUUAUAGAAGUUCCCCAAGAGCAUGUUGUGCAUCUGAGUUUUGAUGUGUUUGUAAUGGAAAAGUGCGCAAUCCCUUCACCGACCUGCAGCUGUGAUCAUGUGGAGAUACGAGAUGGACCAAAUGUCAAUUCUCCGAAAUUAGCGAAAUAUUGCGGAGACGAAAAUCCCGGUGCAAUUAUGUCAUCUGGAAGAUUCAUGUGGGUUGAGUUCGAUUCAGACUUCUUUAGUAACGCACAAGGUUUCUUGGCAACGUACAUAGCAGUGGAUGCAAGUGAAUGCCCGAGGGGUAAAAUAUUAAGUGGUACAAAUGGCAGCUUAACCACUCCACGUUUUCCCGUACGUUACCCAAACAGUGUCAAGUGCACCUGGAUAAUACAGGUUCCUGAAGGCUUCCAGGUGCGGCUGCGAUUUGAUUCAUUUCGACUGGAGACGUGUACUCUCCCUUCUGUGUGCUCGUGCGACCAUGUCCAAGUGAGAGAUGGUCGAGAUGAAAGCUCACAGUCUUUAGCGAAGCUUUGUGGAGACCACUCACCAACCAUACUGCGAUCGUCAGGUCAAACACAAUGGGUGGAGUUUGAAAGUGACUCUUUAACAGGAGGGCAAGGAUUUUCUGCCACCUUCAAAGCUGUUCCUGUGAAUGAAUGUCCAACAAGAGGAGUAUUGCAAGGGACAAAUGGCAGUUUCUCAAGUCCACAAUAUCCUUUAAACUACCCAAACAGUGUUACAUGCACGUGGAUUAUAGAGGUUCCUGAAGGCUACCAAGUUCAAUUAACAUUCAAUACAUUUAAACUGGAGGAUUGCGCAAUUUCGUCGAUUUGCACUUGUGACCACGUUGAGGUGAGAGAUGGGCAAACGGAAAAUUCGCCCUCCUUGAAGAAGCAUUGCGGAAACGAGAAACCAACUCCACUUGGAUCCUCUGGUCGAUAUAUGUGGGUGGAGUUCGACAGUGACUCAAAGACAACUGAGAAAGGAUUUAACGCUUCCUUUGUGGCAGUUUCUGACAGUGAAUGCCCAAGAAAUGGUUUAUUGAAAGGCAAAGUGGGCAACUUCUCUAGCCCUGGCUAUCCAAAGGAAUAUCCAAACAGUGUGACCUGCACAUGGGUCAUUGAAGUUCCUGAAAAUCAUCUUGUUGAACUUACAUUUGACGAUUUUGAACUGGAGGACUGUUUCAUAUCAUCAAUAUGCACGUGUGAUCAUGUUGAAGUCAGAGACGGUAAGGAUAAGAGUGCGUCUGAGCUGGACGAGUUUUGUGGAGACGACAAACCAUCGACGUUGAUAUCUACCGGGCGGUAUAUGUGGGUGGAGUUUGAGGCUGACUCAAGCACAAAUCGAAAAGGAUUCCACGCGACUUAUAAAGCAAUCAAAACUGGCAUGUACUGUAACACCGCAUUUGGAUGGAACAUUAGCGUAAUCGGCUGCAUUGCUGCCACCGUUGGUGUGUUAGGAGGAGGAGUCUUCAUCAUAGUCUUGAUGUGCAUUGUGUUGGUCAAGAAACCAAAUGUAUUUAAGUGCAAGUGCCGUUGGAGUCUCUUCGGCUCCUGCUUCGACUGCGAAAAUGCUUCGUAAUAGUUGUAAUAUUCCUUGCUGAGAAAAAAAGGCUUUGAAAUAAUCUUGAGAGCAUAAA